GAAAUUAUAUCGGAUAAUAUUCGUACUGAUAAUAUAAAUAGCCACAGACAUUGUCAUAAGAAUUAUUUGGUUGAAGCUUAUGUUACUGAAAAUUUAAAGACGACAGAAAUACGAAAGACAAAUAGUGUUAUUG